AUAUUGUUCGUCAUCCUGGUUUUCGUGUCUAUGGACCGGCCAUUAGAAACAAUUAGAAAUGUUUACUCUCUGUUGAGGAACACGUGUUCACUCGUGUUUAGUUACCCUGAACAGUUCUUACAGAGUAAUAAUUUUUUACUUAUUAUGAAGACGUUUUAAGUAUUAUAAGAUAGAAUUGUAAAGAUGAAUAUCAUACCUUGCACGACGUGGGUGAGGAGAGGAGUGGCGGCGGCGGUUCCCGAUAAGGUGCAAUUAACGCCACAAGAAUUAGAGAAAAUUAUCAAAGAAACACGGUCUGAAAUAGAUAAACAAGAAAGUGACUCAGAGAAUGAAAGUAAUGCAGAAAAGCAGCAAACCAGUCAGAAAAAGAUGAAAGAAAGGAAAAUUGAUUCAGAAAGCGGUGGUGCCAUCGAUGAAUACGAUUUUGAUAAUUACGAUAACGAAGAUGGGAAUGUGCAUUGUAACAUUGGGACUUUAGCUCAAUUUAAUGAGAAUGGAGUCGAUCCACUAGUUACAGUACCCGACGAUCAAGAGGAUUCAGAACACGAAGAUGAUAUCAUUAAACCUGAUGACAAUCUUGUUUUAGUGGGGCAUGUAGAAAAUGAUGCUAGCAUUUUAGAAAUUUUUGUGUACAAUGAAUCGGAAGGUUCCUUCUAUUGCCAUCAUGACCUUCUGUUGCCGUCUUUUCCGCUUUGCAUUGAAUGGUUGAAUUUUGAACCUGGUGAUACGAAACCAGGAAAUUUAUGCGCAAUUGGGAGCAUGAGUCCAAUCAUAGACGUUUGGGAUUUAGAUUUAAUUGAUUGUCUGGAACCAGCUUUUAAGCUUGGCCGAAAAGCCAAUAAAAAGAAAAAGAUUAAACAUAUUGGUCAUAAAGAUGCUGUUCUGGAUAUAGCAUGGAAUACCAACUACCCUCACGUUUUGGCCAGUGGCUCUGCAGACGAAACAACUUUACUUUGGGAUUUAGAAAAUGGUACUCCAGUUACAAAAUUCAGUGUUUUUCACGAGAAAGUACAAUCUCUUAAGUGGCAUCCCCAAGAAAGUCAGCAAUUGUUGACAGGGUGCGGUGAUAAAGCGGUAAGAUUGUUCGACUGCAGAACUGACGACAGUUUUAGAACUUGGCAGACACCAGGUGAAGUUGAAAGGGUUUUAUGGAAUCAUUUUGAUCUUAACAAUUAUUUUGUUAGUACAGAUAACGGAUACAUUCAGUGUAUUGAUAUUAGAGAAGAUAAACCAGUAUGGCAAAUGGAGGCACAUGAAAAGGAAAUUACAGGUUUAUCUCUCAGUGCAACUUGUCCCGGUUUUUUGAUCAGUUCCUCAAACGAUGGAGUUAUAAAAGUGUGGGAUUCAGUAAAUCCAGCAGACACGAAGCUUGUGUGGGAGAAGAAGGCUAAUUUAGGAUCUUUGUUAUGUACAGCUGCAAAUCCAGACAUCCCGUUUGUAUUUGUAGUUGGUGGGGAUAAUAGGUCGCAUAAUUUAAAAAUAUUCGACUUUCGCGAAAUAUCUGAAGUCUAUGAAGUGUUCAAAGACAGGACAUUAAUACAACUCCCCAAGCUUGAUACAUCAAGUGUUCAUAAGAGGGAGGAAAUGAUGGAUGUUACCGAAGAUUUAGGAUUCAUAGAUUUAAAUCCAGACUUAUCGAGUGAAACUCAGAGGAAAAAGAAGAAGAAAGCGAAACAUAAGACUUUGAAGAAUUACUGAUGAAAGGUAUAAUGUAACAACUCUGUACAACAAUAAAGUUCUUUUUUUACAAA